UCAGCCUGUGCGCGUGCGAAGUAGUGUCUGCGUAAAGUUGAACGUCUUCUCACCUCCACUGUUUUCGGUGAAUAGUCGCCAAAUUUCAUCGCCUGGAACCGUUGUGGUGUAGAGAAAGCAGUCAGUAAGGCAGGAGGAGGUGAAGUCAUGUUCCGAAUCCUCCAUCAUCAAGGUAAGGGAAUGUGCACCAGUCUCAGGGCCCAGCGGCGCUAUGAGCACCACAGGGCCAUCAUGGCUAUACGUCGCGAGGAUGUCAAUCCCUGGGAGAGGAGGGCGCCACUGGCACCACGACAUGUCAAAGAACUCACAAAUGCUGGCGUAAAAGUCCUGGUACAGCCAUCCAACCGCAGAGCUAUUCACGAGAAGUACUAUAUGAAGGCAGGGGCUAUCAUUCAGGAGAACAUUUCAGAUGCAUCACUGAUAAUUGGAGUGAAGAGGCCGCCGGAGGAGAAGAUCAUUCCCAAGAAGACGUACGCUUUUUUCUCACACACCAUUAAAGCUCAGGAAGCCAACAUGGGGCUCUUGGAUGACGUACUGAAAAAGGAGAUCAGGCUCAUUGAUUAUGAGAAGAUGGUUGAUGCUAAUGGUUACCGGAUUGUAGCAUUUGGCCAGUGGGCUGGUGUCGCAGGUAAGAAAGGCUGCUGGGAUUCCUAA